AGUUGGCGUGCGUUUCUAGCAAGCGUUGACAGUGUUCUCAAUUAGCGAGUGUGUCCCAUGCAUGGCUCUGUCAUUUCGGGUCAACAUUCUUAAUCUUUAGUGAUGCACACAUUCGGUCAGCGGAGAGCCUUGUAAUAAUUCUGGUGCAUCAUUCUGCUUUGCUUUACGAUUCGUCAUUUGCAACCGCUGCCUUGAAAGUAAACACUGCUGAAGCUCUUGCAUAACGAAGUGGGCUGCGCACAAAAGCGAACUGAAGAGGCAAACCGGGGCGUCUCAGUGACCACGGCCAAACGGGUCGACGGCUGCAAGAGUGCGGAGCAGCCGUCACGACAACAAUGAGUGAAAAGCCUGCGCCGACAAAGGGGAGAGCAAAGCCCAAGCAGCAAGGGAGUGUCAAGUGCGAUUCUGUGCAACCUGAUGUGUUGAGACCUGACGCACACAGUGAAGCCUCCGAAGUGACAGCUGUGCCUUCAAAGGAGCCAGAAGCUGAGGCUGAAUGCAAGGAAUGCCACUCCUGGAUUGGAGAACUGUUUUCUUCCGACAACCUCUGGGAAGCGUCUUCCACAGUUCCUGCUUCUGAUGUUACGGCACCAGCAGCUGAGCUGAAGGAUAAACCAGAUGGUCAUGGAGAAGGGGGUGAUAUUGCGUCAGACAUUGGAACAGAUGCAGGUUCACUGACGUCAUUCACAUCGCCAAGCUAUGUGGAGAACCUUCCGGACGAUGUUCUACUCUUGGUUCUCGGCUGGCUUGACAUCAGGACACGCGUCAUCAUUGAAAGAGUGUGCCAUCGAUGGAAGGCACUUGCUGAGCGCCUCUGGAGGGCCCAAUGCAGGCUCUCUUUCACGGGGGUCUUCUCGAUCAGUCAGGGAAAGCCCUUGACCAUUACCAUCCUGCGAGCUCUUCUAAGCCGCUGUGGCGAAUCCUUACGCUGGCUGGACUUGGCCACAGCAUCACAUAUGCUCGACCACAAGGCAGUUAAGGCCAUUGGAACACGCUGUCCCAACCUAGAAUACUUGGAUGCUUCCGGUGUGCAGCUUACCAACACAUCCGUCAUGCAGCUAGCCAACAGAUGUCCAAAGCUCAAGUCUGUCCUCUUGAAAGAUUGCUGUGAUGUUAGAGAGAAGAGCCUCCGGCGACUUCUUCGGCGCUGCAGGCGUCUGGAGCACAUUGACCUGACCGAGAUGUACGAGUUCACCGGAGAGUGCUUCAACAUAGAUGGACUUCGUCUGCGUCACUUGAUUCUCCGCGGCUGUUCUGGACUGACAUCGAGGGGCAUGUCGAGGAUUGCCACCAAGUGCACCUCCUUGACGGAGCUCCAGCUUUUGGAUUGCUUCAAGAUCUCGGACCACGACCUGUCCCUCAUCUGCCAGAACCUGAAGUCACUGAAGAACCUGGGACUGUCAAGGUCACUAUGUAAUGCUACCAGCAGUGGUAUUGGCGCAAUCGGCAACUUGAGUCUUUUGGAGCACCUCGACUUGAGCAGCAACCGAACUGUCGACGAUGCAUCCAUGGGCCCCAUUGCUACUGGGUGCACGAAGCUCAGGUUCCUGGACCUCACAAACUGUGAAAGGGGUAUCACAGAUGCAGCAAUGAGUCACAUAGCAAAGUGCUCCGAAUUGAGGGAGCUGAAGAUCAGCUACGUGGAAAAGAUCACAGAUGCUGGAAUGUGCAAUCUCGCGUGCCAUGGUCGCCUGCACUCUGUGGAAGCCCGUGCCUGCACACUGCUGAGUGAUGCAGGAGUGCUGGCCAUAGUCGAGCUGUGCCAGGACCUAAGGCUGCUCGACCUCAGCGGCUGCGAGCACGUGUCGAGUGCAGCCAUGGAAUCGUGUGCAGCCAUCGUUGCCGAGCGCCCACAUGUCUUGACCGUGAUUGUUGGGGGAACAUCCGUCGAGCUAGGCCAACUUUCCACCGACAGUAAGGGGAAGUUGAAAAUCGAUUACAGUGACUACUGUGUGGAGAGCUAUUUGCCUGGCGAUAUGGAUUUCGACUAUGACGACUACUGGGAUCAGGACCUGUACGAGUAUGAAGCAGCUGAGUAUGGGUACUGGGAUUCAAGUGACUAUGAAGACGACGAGGAUUUGAUGGUCGGGGACAUGCUGAGGCCUGGUGCCAUAUUUAUCGACAUGAAUAACGUGUGGGAUGGUGUUGACGAUGACUUAGACGAUGAAGGCCCACUCGACGACCCACUAGACGAACCACCCGAGGACUUGUUAGACAAUAACCUCCCAAUCGACGAAUCACCCGAGGACAUGUUAGACAAUGACCUCCCACUUGACGAACCACCCGAGGACGUCUUAGACAAUGACCUCCCACUCGAAGAACCACCCGAGGACUCGUUAGACAAUGACCUCCCACUCGAAGAACCACCCGAGGACUCGUUAGACAAUGAAUUCCCACUCGACGAAUCACCCGAGGACUUGUUAGACGAUGGCUUCUCACAUGACGAACCGCCUGAUGACCCGCUCGACGACUGGUAUGGCCCAGUCGAAGAGGAAUUUUGGUGUGGUGAAUGAAGCAGGGCCACAUGCACACAGCAGGUAUUACAAGGAGGAUGAAGUUUGUCACUCAGAUGGACUAAUGCAGCGACUGACCCACCUCCACUGUUCACAUUCUGGCGAUUUCGCGCACCACCUGUGUCUCGGUACAUCCACUCGAUUGUUUAGGGCAUCUUGUUUUGCCCAUACGCAGUCUGCUGAAACCCCAAAGCUGUGCUCGCUCACAGAUAUUUACAGACACUCAUUUGUACUGUUGGUUUAGUGUACAUGAGUCAUGCUGCCAGGUGCAUGUCAUCUUGCAUUAAUUUUUUUUGUGUUCUUUUGUGUUAUUACUAAUCAGUUUUCUUUACAAAACUUUGGGCCAAGCUCAUGAUACAAGGUGUUUGUUGAAAAUUAGGAAAGUAGGUCAAGAAGAACAAUGAACUGUCCAAUAAAAAAAAAUUUAAGCAUUAUGUAAGUUGGGCAAUACUUUACUACAAUUUGCUGUUAGUGAAUAAACCAUGCACAAAUUUGUUUUUGUAGGGGAGAGGGUUGGAAAACUGAUGUAUUGAACAAUUCCUAGGCUUUUAAAGCUAUGCUGCCCUUUUGCAAUACUCAGAUUUUUGUAUGUCGUCAUCAAAAGAUUUUGUUGCAGCAAAUUGUAUCUCUUAACUUCCCCUUCUGAACCAAGUUUGCAUCUGUUUCAUCAAGCACAUACACUGAUGAUUUGCCUUUAUUUUUUUCUUGCAUUCAGUGUUGACUAGUCACAUCUGUCUUGGAGUUUGACAUGAUUGUGUAUUCCAUAGCUGAAGCAAUUUACGAUAAACGUAUAUUUAUUUUUCUGUUUAGCAGCAGGUACAAAAUGAACUUUAGAUCCUGAGAUUGGCCUCGAAAACGACAAAUUAACAGCCCUGGUUACUGAAAAAUAAACACGGUCCAAGCCAUGUUUCCAUCUACUAGCAGUAGCAUGUGUCACUGCCUGUGACAUGGAUGUGAAGACGGCAUACAUAAACAAAUAAAAUUGUAAAAUUUGAUUCCUACUGCAGCAUUAGCAAUGACUUGCAAGUGGUGGCUCCUUUGUGGACAUGUCAUUUCACCUUGUGAUAGACGGCUCAAUUGAGAACCACUCUGCAAUAGUAUAAAGCUACAGACUUAUGUACAUGACAUUCUAGUUUUCCUUGUUGUUUACUGAUGUUUGACAAUAAAUUAUGUGAAGCAAAAUAAAGAAUGGGCAUCUUGUCUGUUUGCAUGCC